CUGGUCCUUUUUAACUCUAUUUGACCCCUUUCGUGACACUGACAGACACAUCUCCUACAUCUUUGUCAUGUUCGACCACGACACCCAUCUUUGCGAGCAAAAUUCAGCAAAGGAUGAUGAUUAUGAAAUACCGAACCCAUUCUCCGUGGAAUUUCCGGCGUCUCGUCACGUUCGUGGUGGCCGUGGAACCAGACAAUUAGGACUAGGACGAUGACGAUUCAGAUACUCCUCGCAUAACCUUAUUAGAAAGAAGCAAAUUCCACUCUAGUUUGGAAUAAAACGGAAAGGAAGAUGACAAAACUUGGACCUCAAACGGUGCAAUUUACAAUUCAGCAAAACUUCAUAGCCCUCCUCCCUAACUCCCAUCUCUCUUCUCUCAUCUCACCUCUGGCUCUGGCUCUGCUUUUGUUUUCCUUUGUCCAUCUUAUCGUGGUAGCGAGCAGAGAGAGCAUCCAUGGAGGAAACCAGCUGGAUCAUCGGCGCCAUCAUCACCUCCCUUGUAUCUUCCCUAGCUCUCCUACUCUGCAAAACCCACCUCUUCCCAUCCCACAACAACAAGCUCCCACCAGGACCCUUCUCCAUCCCAAUCAUCGGCACCUUCCUCUGGAUGCUGCGAAGCAAAGGAUUCUCCGACCUCGAACCAGCCCUCCGCAAGCUCCGCGCCAAGUACCGCUCCAUCUUCACAAUCCGCAUCUUCUCCCGUCCGGCCAUCUUCAUCUCCUCCCACUCCCUAGCCCACCAAGCCCUCAUCCAAGACGGCGCCGUUUUCGCCGACCGCCCGCCCGCUCCGCCGCUCUCCAAAAUCACCUCUGCCAACCAGCACAACAUCAGCUCCGCCUCCUACGGCCUCACCUGGCGCCUCCUCCGCCGCAACCUCACUUCCCAAGUCCUCCACCCUUCCCGCGUCAGGUCAUUCUCCCGCGCUCGCUCCUGGGUCCUCCAAAUCCUCCGCCGCCGCCUUCAAUCCCACCAUCAACAAGAACAGAGGCUGAAGGAUCACCUCCACCACGCCAUGUUCGCCCUGCUGGUGCUCAUGUGCUUCGGCGACAGGCUGGGUGAGGAUCAGAUCGAGGAGGUGGGACGAGCUCAGAGAAGGAUGCUGCUUGGAUUCCAGCGCUUUCAGAUACUCAACCUCUGGCCUGGGGUCACUAGGUUCCUCCUCCGCCGCCAGUGGAAGGAAUUUCAUCAGCUCCGUCACGAGCAACAUCAGGUUCUCCUCCCACUCAUCAGAGCCAGGAGGGAGAAAAUUGGCAAAUUGGAGGAGGAAGAAGAACAAGCACGGAGCUGUUACGUGGAUUCGUUGCUCGAAGUGGAGCUCCCCGAAGAUAAUGGUAACGAGAGAAUGCUCAGCGAGGACGAGAUUCUGAGCCUGUCCUCCGAGUUCCUCAGCGCGGGGACUGACACGACCACCACCGCAUUGGAGUGGGUCAUGGCGAAUUUGGUCAAGUACCCUCAAGUUCAGAAGAAGCUGUUUCGUGAGAUCGAAAGCGUGGUGGUGGAAGGGAGUGGAGAGGUUUUGGAGGAGGAUCUGGGGAAGAUGAAGUACCUGAGGGCGGUGAGCUUGGAAGGAUUGAGGAGACACCCGCCGGCACAUUUCUUGCUGCCUCAUUCCGUGACGGAGGAUACAGUGCUGGACGGCAAGUUCAUGAUCCCCAAGAAUGCUGCUGUAAACUUCAUGGUGGCUGAGAUGGGGUGGGAUCCUCAGGUUUGGGAGGAUCCCAUGGCGUUCAAGCCGGAGAGGUUCCUGGAAGGUGGUGGUGAGUUCGAUUUGACUGGAAGCAAGGAGAUCAAGAUGAUGCCAUUUGGUGCAGGAAGGAGGAUGUGUCCUGGGUAUGCCCUAGCCAUGCUGCAUCUCGAAUACUUUGUGGCUAAUCUUGUGUGGAACUUCAAGUGGGAAGCUGCUGGGGAGGUCGAUCUCACGGAGAAGCCUGAGUUUACCAUUGUUAUGAAGAACCCGCUCAAAGUCAAGCUGUCGCCCAGGGUGAAAUCCUCGUCGUCGUAGUAAUACCAACUAUACCUUGCAUAAUGCAUAGUGCAAGAGUUCUGCACUGCCUUGUGGAUAUAAUAAUGAAUUUGGAUGUGUAACUCAAUCCAGAGUGUAUGACAUGGAUCAAUAAUCUUGAAUGUGUCACAUGCUAUACAAUGAGCUCCUUUGGCUGAUGAGUUCUCAGAAUCCAUAAGCAGAAUAAUCGAUAGCUUCAAAUCAAUUCAUUGGCUCACCAACAAGCAACAAGUGAUGGAUUCGAUCCCCAAUGGAUUCACAGUUAAACUGAUCUGUAAAUCAAAGAUUUGAAUACAU